GGGCUGGGCACGCGCGGCGCGCGGCGAUGACGCGCGCGCCCCCCGACCGCCCCCACCCCGCGGCCCGCGCGCGCCGCCCCCUCACGGCGCGGCCAUGAAGGCGACGCCGCUCUCCAACUGCGAGCGCCGCUUCCUCCUGCGCGCCGUCCAGGAGAAGAAGCGCCUGGACGGGAGGCAAUGCUACGACUACCGGAACAUCCGCGUCUCCUUCGGCGCCGACCGCGGCUGCUGCAUCGUGGAGCUGGGCAGGACCAGGGUUCUUGCCCAGGUCUCGUGUGAGCUCGUGCCCCCUAAGCCCAGUCGGCCCACGGAAGGCGUGCUCUUCUUUAAUCUGGAGCUCUCACCCAUGGCUGCACCUGGGCUGGAGCCUGGCAGACAAUCCGAGUUACUGGUGUCACUGAACAGACUACUGGAGCGAUGCCUCAGGGAUUCCAAAUGCAUUGACACUGAAUCUCUCUGCGUUGUUGCUGGUGAAAAGGUUUGGCAGAUUCGGCUGGACAUGCACCUGUUGAACCAUGAUGGCAACAUCACUGAUGCUGCCAGCAUAGCAGGGAUUGUAGCUCUGUGUCAUUUUUGCAGGCCAGAUGUGUCUGUGCAAGGAGAGGAAGUAACUGUGUACACUCCUGAGGAACGUGAUCCUGUCCCCUUGAGUAUCCACCACAUGCCCAUUUGUGUCAGUUUUGCCUUCUUCCAUCAAGGGACCUAUUUGUUGGUGGAUCCAACUGAACGUGAGGAGCGGGUGAUGGAUGGGCUCCUUGUAAUUGCCAUGAAUAAACACCAUGAAAUUUGUACCAUCCAGUCCAGUGGAGUGGUCAUGCUGCUGCAGGAUCAGAUUCUGAGAUGCAGUAAAAUAGCAGCUGUUAAGGUUGCAGAAAUAACAGAACUGAUUCAGAAAGCCUUGGAAAAUGACCAAAAAGCCAGGAAAGAAGGUGGGAAGUUCGGCUUUGCGGAAUCCAUCCCCAACCAAAGGAUCACUGCCUUCAAAAUGGAGAGUGCUACUGUGGACACCAACGACGUGGAAGAACAGGCUGGAGAAAUCAUUGCUAAAGCUGACCCUCCUUCAGAAGUUAUUGCCAAUCCAGUAUUGCACACUCCUGGGACAGCCCAAAUUGGGGAAGGGAUUGAGAGCUCCUGGGGAGACCUUGAAGAGUCUGAGAAGGAAGAAGCAGUGGAAGAGGAAGGUGAAAGUGAGGCAGCUGCAUUUGAAUGUGAGAAAGUGGAAACUGAGGAUACAAGUACAGUGAGGAAAACUAAGAGUGAUGAACCCAUUGUACUGUCUGACAGUGAGGAGGAAGAAGUUGUCAUUCUGGAGCCACAGGAACUGCCAAGGAAAACAAGAACACAGACCAGCUCCAAACAAGAAAAUCCAAGUAAGAAAGCAUUUAACAAAAGGAGAAGAAAGAAGAGAACUUCUCGUUAAAGCUCUCAUCCCUCCUGCAGGAAUGCUGUAUAAUAUGGAUUAUUACUGAGCUUAUUUUUGUAGAUAAUUUUAUUUCUUCCCCUCCCAAUAUCUGAUUCUGCUCUUAUGUAUACGUUAAAACUAUUGUACACAGAUUUAAAUAAAAAAAAAGGUGCCUGUAACUGAAAUCCUCUUUGGCAUCCAGCUGCUGCAAAACUCA